GCACCUGAACUCGAUUCUUUUUUAUUUUCCACUUCCCCAUCUUUUUUUUUCUUCGUUCCCAUUGGCUUCUUUCUUACUGCCCAACAUUUCCUCCCUUUUUCCAGUAGCUCAGUUUACCCCAAAAUUCACAACCUCUCAACAGCUACUCUUUUCAUUCCUGCAGGAUUCCGGUGUCUUGUUGUUCAGUUUCAUCCUCAACCAGCCCAAAAUUCACAUCCUUCUCUCCCAGAAGAAAUAUGGGUAGUUGCUGCUUAAGGAGCCAUCAGCUACCGAUUCAGUCUCACCGUAGCUUCGUUGGGUCCUCUUCCGAUUACCCUCUUCUCCCUUCUUUUCCUCGUCUUGAUCUCCAACGUUCCCGGCGCCUCCGCUCGGCGGCUCUCAUCCGUCGUACAACAACCACCACCACUAGAAUUUGUUGCCAGUAUGAUGGCACCGGCAGGAAACCAGCUCAGCAAUCCUCUUCUCCAACUGGAAUUCAACUCUAUGGUGAAAUUGAGAGGUAGGACCUUGGUUUCUUCUCUUGAACAAUCAAUAUUUUGGUCUGAACCCAUGGGUGAUAUAUCCUGUUUUGGUCUUUCUCUGUACACGACAGGAUACUUACUGAGACUGUGAGGCAGUCGCAAGGUGGUUGGGGCUCUUUGACCGACUGGACUGAGAUUGAGGUCUUCUUUCUUCCACCCCUUUUUCACUUUUAAUUAUUGAAUUGGAUUGUUACUGGAUUACUGAUACCCCAGAAAGGAUAAACCAUUGUUCAUUAGACUUGCUCAAAAUCUGACAACUUUACCCCCCAAUGGAUAAGAAAAUUGAAACACGAGAUAGUAUAUCGUCAAAAACUCAUGUAUAAGUCUGUCAUGCAUCCCAUUAGCUCUCGGUAACAUGGAGGGUUGUAACUGAAUCUUAUGUGGUUAUGCCUACCUGCCUGCCUGUCUCUUACAAUUUUCAUCUUGCAGGAUCAUAAUGGUAUUCUGAAGCUGGUUUCUUUUCAUUAUGCUGCUUAUCUGGUCAUUUUGACCUUAAGGUCGUGUUCUGUCAUUUCUGCUGGUCGUCAUAUGUCUCUGAUUCUCUGUAGUGGUAACUUACCAUGUUCCAGCGGGUACUAGCUCCUAUUUCUACUAACCAAAAGAGGUUAGGGUGGGCUCGACCAUCAUUCGAACAAUAGACUGAGACAAUACAAUAGAGCAGAAUAGGCUCGACCAUCAUUCAAAUAAUAUACGGAGACAACAUCAUAGAGCAGAAUCUAAGUCCAAGUCUGCCAUUUGCUAUGUUUGGAACUUGGGUGAACAACUACUGGAGCUCUUUCAUCUAGUUGUAAGUUGUUUUGGCCCUUGAGUCCAUAUUUUAAUAUUUAGGUUUUCUUAAUGGUGCAUUCUCAGGGAGCUUGGGUUCUCAAGCCAAGAAAUGGAAGAGCUAACUCUGUGGUCCAUUUCAUUGGUGGCAUAUUUGUUGGAGCAGCACCACAAUUGACCUACAGAUUGUUUCUUGAGCACCUUGCAGAAAAGAAAGUUGAAAUCUCUUAUUUUUUUGGUAAUGAAAGAGCUGCAUUGGCGAUGAAAUUGUAGUAACACGUACUGACAGCAGAGCAUCAACUAAAUACUUCAAGUUUCACUUAGUCCGUUCCAACUAUUGUUGACUAAUAGUAACUAAAACGAUGCUGAUAGUUGCCAUUUUUUCCUGUUGAUCUAGGGUGUAAUGGUGAUCGCAACACCUUAUGCCAGUGGGCUUGAAUAUUUCCACAUUGCAGAUGAAGCUCAAUUUAAAUUCGAUAGAGCUUUCCGCUUCUUACAAGAAUCUGUAGGUUUCACUUAUUUUUGUCUAUUGGAGGAUGAUUUACUCCUUAUCCGUGUUCUCAUUUUGUUAUUUAAUGUCUAUUGAUUAGAAUAUAAACUGAAUAGUAUGACCGGAGUCUUCGUACAGGUGCAAGAUCUUCCUACCUUUGGUAUGGGUCACUCUUUGGGGUCUGUCAUUCACCUUCUGAUUGGUAUAUGCUAGUUCAUCCUUGUAUUAUCUUUCUUUCAAGAUUGUGUUUCUCACAGUUAUUUGACAAGAAGUGAACUUGCUGUUUAGGAUCACGUUAUGCUGUGCAAAGAAGUGGGAAUGUACUGAUGGCGUUCAACAACAAGGUAGGUCUUUCCUUGAAAAUGUAGAAUGCAGUUGUCAGUCAUCAUAGGAAUUAGAAUACCCUCCUCUUUAUUUGAUGGUCCAGUAAAGCUUUCUGAUGUUUCCUGAAUCUUAAAUUUCUAUACAAAAAUGAAGUACACAAAUAUGUAGGAGACCAACAUCUUUUUCUGAAUUAAGGACUUGAUACUUCUUCGUUUUUUGUUCCUCAGGAAGCAAGCCUAGCUAUCCCUCUUUUCUCACCUGUUCUUGUGCCAAUGGCUCAAAACAUGGGCCCAAUUCUAUCACAGAUAGCCUCAUCACCGACAGUCCGCAUGGGGUGAGAUCCUGAAACAAUAGUUUAUGAAUCAUUAAUGCCUCUUUCACAUCGUGCUUUCUUGCAUCUUACUGUAUUAGGAUUCUAAGAGCUGAAUCCAAACACCAUGGCUUUUAGUGAGACAGACGUGCAAUUUAUGCUCUAGGAAUACCUUUCUGGCUGUAUUUCAUUUGAUCUUUUUGAUUAUGAUCGUGGCAUGCUUCUGUAAUGUUGACAUGUGCGAGCUAUUCUUUCUUAAUGCGUUUCUUAAUUCCUUUCAGUUGCUUAGUGAAAAUUUGUGGAAGUCUCUGUAUGUGAGCUCUGUAACUGACUGUUUAUUUUGUUAGUGGUAGCAGCUAUAAGCAACAUGUUUCUAGUUGAUCCUCUUCACUUGCCUCUCCUUUUUAAUCUGCCCCAUAUUUCAGUUUCCUUUAUGCCACGAUCUCAUGUAUACUAAUCUGUAUAAGGUUGUUGCAGGCUGAAAUAACAUUGAAGCAGAUAGAGAACCUCCUCACUCCUCCAUUCAUGAAACAAGCAUUCCCAUUAAUUGAGCAACUUCCUCCUUUAUACAUGGACCUGGUUAAUGGAAGAGAAGAGUUCAGUACAAAACCUGAAGAAACCCGCCACCUUAUAAAAUCAUAUUAUGGAGUCUCUAGAAAUCUUCUGAUAAAGUUCACCGACGAUUCCGUCGAUGAGACCUUGUCGUUAGCCAAAGUUCUGAGUUCAGAAUCAGCCAUUAGCUCGCUGCUGGACAUGUCAAUUCACUCACUACCGGGAGAUCAUGGUCUCCCUCUGCAGCAGGGAUUACCUGAUGUGCCGCCUGCAAUGGCAGAUGCAGUUAACAGAGGAAGCGAGCUGUUCGCGAAUCUGGCAGUUGGAACGCCAUGGAUGGUAGAAUCCGAAAGAAGUGGCUGCUAAGAAAACUUCGCCCGAAGUAGUCUGCAUAAAGGGCAUUGCUUCACCAGAAUUACCAGUGGUAGCCAUUUAGGCCCCUACUUAGACGCAUGCUUCCCUGUAUCAUUGCUAUAUAUGGGCGUUGGUCCGUGCUUGGGCCGGCACGACAUGGGCACGCUUCGGGCCCAUUUAUUUCAUGUCGUACCCGUCAUUUUUUGUGUCGUGCCAUGCAAGCCCAUUUGUUAACUUUGCUAGGCCCGGCCCAGGCCCGGGCACGGUUCGAAUCGUGCCGUGCCUAUUCGUGCUCGUGCCAUGCUCGUAUUCGUGUUUAAUGAAAAGGACGAAAACAAAUGAGAGGAUGAAAAAGAAGGUAAAAAUUGGACGGGGGAAGAUAGUAUUAACCGACAAUGUUGGAGAAAAGUAACACAUAAGGCGGAAAAGAAAAUUGGAAGUAUAGCGAGUAUGCUUUGGCUUUGGUUAAUUUUUUGUCCAUUUUUACUUAUGUUAGUAAUUAUGUAUAUAUCUUUAUGACACUUCUAACAACAACAAAUAAUUAUUUUUCUACUUGUGUUUUGUAAUAUUUGAACCUAUAAUUCUUUUUAUAUUUAUUUUCUAUCAAAUAAAUAUUAUUUUCGUGC